UUGUUGUUCUGUUCCAGAUUGGCCUCAUGUGAUGAGGUUGUGGUUAUUGGUGACACAAGACAACCACAUCUUUGCAAGCAUUCUUUGAUCCUUAUUAUGGAAGUAGAUACAGAAAUGUCCUCUCUGUUCACUAAUGGCCAGAAUUAUCUAGAUGCUGUUUAUUGAAAGAAGAGCUAGAAAAGAAUGUUGUCUUCUAGUCAAAAAGAACAAAGGAAAAAGAAGAUUAAUUAGUAAAAAAAAAGGUAAGUAAAGGGAGCAAACAGAAGUCAUGGCCCAUGAAAGGCCCAUUGGGCCACCUCUUCUCCCUGGUCCACCUCAUCUGCGCUGCAUCGCAACAGGCGCAAACGACCCGAAACAAACGACACUAAGGUUUCCGGCGGCAUCCACCCACGGCCACGGGAGGUGCGUGGAAGCUGCCGCCUGCCGGUGACACGGCGCCGAUAGCAAGAGUGCAAGGGAGGAGCGGCGUUGCUGGUUGUAGCGGUGCCCGUGAGGCGAAGCGAGAUGUCUGUGCGGAUAAAGGCAGUGGUGGACAAGUUCGUGAUGGAGCUCAAGGAGGCACUGGACGCGGACAUCCAGGACCGCAUCAUGAAGGAGCGGGAGAUGCAGAGCUACAUCGCGGAGCGCGAGCGCGAGGUCGCCGAGCGGGAGGCCGCGUGGAAGGCCGAGCUCUCCCGCCGAGAGGCUGAGAUCGCGAGACAAGAGGCGAGGCUGAAGGUCGAGAGGGAGAACCUGGAGAAAGAGAAGAGCGUCCUCAUGGGCACGGCUUCGAAUCAGGAUAACCAGGACGGAGCCCUGGAGAUCACCGUCAGCGGCGAGAAGUACAGGUGCCUCCGGUUCUCCAAGGCGAAGAAGUGAGAGGUGACCUAGGAUGACAGGACGACACUGAUGAAUUAACCACGGGUAGUACUACACUGAAAUCUUCAGUUUGAAGGCUGCGGUUGUACGAGUUGGUUUGUUAGUUUGGUACUCACUGCAUCGUGCAUCCUCAUUGAUAUGGGCAUUGAACCAGCGCACGACCUGAGCAUAUGAUUCAGCUGUCAUGGGGUCACUGCUCGUAGCAUGAACUUCAGAAUUGAUGGCCUCUGUUUUGUUCAUCUGAUAAGAAGGUAAAAUCCUGCUGUCUCUCAGUGUUUUACCCCUGAAACUUGCUUGUUCGAAAGGGGAGUUGGUCUCUUCUUCCAGAUUGGAUGUGAAAGCAUAACAAGAUAUGAGAUCCUCUUUGACACGA